GAUUGAUUUGGCUAGACUUCAUCCAGCCAGCCAGUCACACAAAAAAGACAAAUAUAGUCAUUGUGUCAUCAUAAAACAUGGCAAGCAACAGCAUAAAACUAGCCGAAGGGGACUUGGUGAGAAUUGUGGCGAGUGCAGGGAAAGGGUCUGCUGCUAACCUUCCCGUUAUCAAAGCCUACGUGGAAUCCUUAGGUCUCGUCGCUGAUAUUUCACCAGAUAUUUACAACCCUGACGAGCCCUUCUACUCCAACACGGACGAUUUCAGAGCUGCCGAUCUAAUCUCUGCCUUGACAAAUGACGAGUGCAAAGCGAUCUGGUGCAUUCGUGGCGGAUCGGGAUGCAUCCGACUCAUAAAGUAUUUGGAAAGCCAACUUCCGCCGACGCCCCCUUCGCCAAAGGUUCUGAUUGGAUACAGUGACAUCACGGUGCUUCAUAUGUACCUCCAUUACAAGUACAACUGGCCCACGAUGCAUGGACCAAUGUUAGAAUCAAUCGCGAACGGAUUUUACGACCCUGCCGGCGAAUCUGUCGUGGCUUUGCGAUCUUUACUCUUUAAUCUGACCACUCUGAUUUGUGAACCAGUCAUGACACGGCUAGAUACAAGGGGUCCGUUGUCACCAGUCAAUACUCAAGUUGUGGGAGGAAACUUGACCCUUGUCGAGACCAGCAUUGGUACAAGUUGGGAGGUGAACGCGACUGGGAAAUUCUUAUUUCUCGAGGAUACUGGAGAGGCAGCUUACAGUAUUGAGAGAAGUUUGGACCAUAUGAAGCAAGCUGGCGUAUUCGACAGUGCUGCAGCCGUCGUUUUUGGAGAUUUUACAGAUCCAGACAGCGAAAGUUUGAUGACUUUGGUGCUUCAACGAUUCGCAGGUGAUGAGACGGUGACCUGUCCGGUUUUUAGAUUGACGGGGAUUGGUCAUGGAAGGGUCAACUUUCCUCUUCCUCUCAACACGGACGCAACUAUUACUCUGGUUGACCCUGACGCUCAAACUUAUCGACUUUGUGUGAACAAUUUGCCACAGAAAUAAUACUGUGUGAAAUAUUUACAUCUUACAUAUUUACAUAUAUAAAUACUGAAAGCAUUGAAAUACAGUAAUUCAAAAUUCUAUA